AGUUAUUAACUGACGAGAUUUGUAAGUGGUAGCACCAGAGACGUUUUUAAAUCAGUCAUUAUCGUUCACCACAUUUUAAAAAACGAACUUUAGAAACGAGUGUAAAGUGAUAAUCCUUUCGGACAUAAACUAUUGUAAGGAAAACUGUUGGUAAAAAAACAAAAGUGUUAAGUGACUUGCAAUUUUCUAUAAGGUAUCCGACGGAUCGUGUUUUAGUGUCGAAACUAGUGACAAUGGUGUUGAGAAAAUCGCGUGGCUCAAAUACCCGGAAGAAUCAAUGUUAGCCCUACAGAGUUUGCCUUUAUUUAAGUGCUUAAACCCAACCAUGAUGCCUCUGGCACCUACUCCAAUAGUUGCUGUGCCUUCGAAGCCUAAAAUCGGUUUUUCGAUAGACUCGAUAGUCGGCGGAGCACACCAAGCCAGUCCGCAACAUUCGCCGCUCCAUUACUCAGAAAGUUCCGCACCCCUUUCGCCCAGUAGUGACGCUGAAAAUAGACUCAAUGGUUCGCCCAAGCAAUACACCAGCUCUCCUCAAAGAUCUCCGCCAAGCUCUCCCAAACCUCCGAUAAUGGUACCGGGUAUACCAGCACACACGUUAGUGCGGCCUAACCCUACGUACGAUCCCAACUUGGUACCGAAGAAUGGGUUCCUGCAGCCAGAGAUGAUGCACAACCAUGGACAGCAUCCGUUCGCCUUGGCUGCCCAUUUCCAGGGAGCGGCUUUGGCGGCAGCGUUAAGCAGUGGACAGCAUGGGUUUCCAGGACAGCCUUCACCGUUGGCACAGCACGCGCAGCCUAGAGACAGUUACCCUUUGUAUCCCUGGCUGUUGUCGAGGCAUGGGAGAAUAUUCCCACACAGGUUUCCAGGAGGUCCAGAUAUUCCUGGCUUCCUUCUUCAACCCUUUCGAAAACCAAAGAGGAUAAGGACAGCGUUUAGUCCUUCGCAAUUACUUAAGUUAGAGCACGCUUUCGAGAAAAACCAUUACGUAGUAGGGGCUGAAAGGAAGCAGUUGGCACAAUCUUUAUCAUUAACAGAAACUCAGGUAAAAGUGUGGUUUCAAAACCGACGAACCAAGCACAAACGAAUGCAACAAGAAGAAGAAGCCAAAACGAAUUCAGGUGGUAAUAAGUCGGGUUCCCCCAAUUCGCAGCACAGUUCCCAUGUCAAUAAGUGGAAAGAAGAAAACUCGGACGAGUACGGGGAGUAUAUUGAUAUGGACAUGGAAGAUGAGUGCAUUAGUGAUGUAGAGAGUGAAACAUAAACUGUAGAAAGGGUUUAACUGUUGGUAAAUUGUAGAACAAUCAAGUAACAAAAUCAUUAUCUUUCUUUCAUGGAAUCUAUACUGUUUAUUUGAAUGUGGAACCAUCUAUAAUAUCAAAUUUGUAUACUCAUUUCACGGAUUUUUUACUUCAAAUCUUUCAUAUUUUCUUUAUGACAUUUAUAAGCAUUUUUCGAUUUUUUAAAUUAUAGUGGAUGUUCAAUUUUCUUUAUUUGUAGUGUUCUGAAGUUAUUUCCUUGUGGCAUUUUACUAUUUUAUUUGUGAAUAAAGCCAAAAUUUAUGUUUGAAAUUAAAUUUAUUUGACGUUUCGACUUCCACAUCGGAAAUCGUUAUAAAAAUACGUGAAAUGGCAGAGAUCUUUGUCUUCAAUAAACCCCAUAAAAAGAAAUCUAAUGGUGUUAAAUCAUACGAAUUAGAGGGCCAAUCGGGACCACGAUUUUUGAAGUGGAAGUCGAAACGUCAAAUAAAUUUAAUGUCAAACUUAAAUUGUGGCUUUAUUCCCAAACAAAAUACUAAUUUUUUAUUUGUGUGACUUAUGUAUUUUAAGAAGAAAUAAUGAACAUUACAUUUUUUUAAGAUUGAUUAAAUCCACACAAAAGAUAUGUAGAGCUAUAAAAAUGGACACAUUUUAUAGAUUACCUGUAAAUAUGACUUUAACAUUAGUCAGAGUAAUAUAUUAUUUAUAUUUGGCAAUAAGUAUAGAUCAUUAUUUUGUUGUGAUUUCACCAUAUUUUAUUACUUGACUCAUUGGUUUCUCAAAUGAAUCAUUUGUUAAGUACAAUAAUAAUGGUAUAUAUUAUCAUGCAAAUUAAAUGUAUGUAGGUGUGGAAUUCUGUUCAUUUCUUUUUUAUUCUCAAAAAAAGAAGUUUUGCGAAUGUUUUAAGCUUUAAUUUUUCUAUUGCCAGCAUAUAAAAGAUCUGCAAAAAAUUUAUAGAUAAGGCUGAUUUAGCUUAUUAUAAAAUAUGUCCCAGAAUUUAAGAAAGAUGAAUUUAAAAGAAAGCCAUGUUUUUUUCUUUUGAAUGUAAUUUUUUUAUUAAGUAAUAAAGUAUACAGGAUAGGGUUAUGUGUGGAAGAGCACAUCAGCCAAAUGGCCUCCAUGACUUUGCUGGCACAUACGCAUUCUUUUGUCAAAAUUUUCUAUGACUAUUUUGUAUAAAUGUGGCUGAAUUUCGUUGAUGCAGCGUUGAAUUUCUUCCUUCAAUGAACGGAUGGUUGAAGGCUUUUGGGCAUAGAUCUUUGUCUUCAAAUAACCCCAAAAAAGAAAUCCAAUGCUGUUAAAUCACGCGAUCUAGCGAUCUAGGGGGCAAUUCUGAUCACCUAAACGAAAGAUUACACGUCCAAGAGAUGUCUCAUGCAGUUUUUGAAUUGUUUCAUGGGCUUUAUGGCAUGUGGUACCGUCUUGUUGAAACCACAUGUCAUUGCUGCCAAUUUAGGCAGCCUGAACUCAUUCAUCAGAGUUAAAAAAACAAACCAAAAUGCUAGGUCUGGAAAUUAACACAGAAAAAACAAAAAUAAUGACUCAGACGAGAAGAAAUAUAGUCCUACAAAACAUUAUACAUGAAGAUGACAUUGAAACGGUUGGAAAAUUUACAUACCUGGGAGUAGCAAUUUAUGCCCACGGAUCAGAAGACGGAGAAAUACGGAAGAGAAUAACGCAGGCAAACAGAGCUUAUUUUGCCCUCUCUCAUAUAUUUUGGUCUAAAAGUGUCCACCGAAAUACAAAGAUGAGAAUCUAUAAAACUUUAAUUCGACCAAUAUCAUGCUAUGGCAGUGAAGCCUGGGUCCUGAAAGAAACAUCCAAAAACAAACUCGACACAUUCGAAAGGAAAGUACUGAGGAGAAUACUAGGACCUGUGAGGGAAAAAGGAAUCUUCAGAAGUCGAUACAACAACGAACUUUAUCAACUUUAUAAGGAAGCACCCCUGUCAGACUUCAUUAGAAUACAAAGAUUGCAAUGGGCCGGACAUGUGAUAAGAAUGGGAGAGAAUAGGCUAAAAAAAGAGCACUGAAUGCUAGAAUGCAGGAAAAGAGACCGGUUGGAAAGCCAAGAAAACGCUGGGAAGAUACAGUAAAUAGCGACGCACAAGCACUUUUAGGAGUCCGUGUAUGGAGGAGAGCAGCCACAGACAAACAAGGGUGGAGGCAAAAAAUAAAGGAGGCCAAGGCUCAAUUUGGGCUGUAGUGCCGUAGAAGAAGAAAAAGAACUCAUUUAUCAUGUUGCGAUAUCGAGCACACGUAACAGUCACUACUGGAUCAGCUAGCUUUAUUUUUAACCUAUUGACUGCCAGCAACGCAACUCUCGUGUUCUUCAUAUGAUUCAUCUUAUGGGUCUAAUAUUUCGCGGGCAUAUGGAGAAUAACCUCUUAUUGUGGGUGGCAGUCAAAAAGAAGUAUGGCCCUGUGAUGCAUCCAACCCAAAAUCCUCACCAAAGAGUGCCACGUGGUUGUAGUUUUUUUGACAGUGACAUGGGUUCUCAGAACCCCAAAUGCGAAAAUUUUAACGACUAACAAAGCCAUCUAUUUCUUUAUUAUGCUUCCUUACGCAUAGUUUCCCAAAAUAUUUCGAUUAGUGUCUUCACCUCAUUUCAAUAUUCCGAUCAUAUUUUGUACCAAAUUUUCCUUGAUUGCCAAACUUUCGUUAUUUUUACAAUAUGGUUCAAGAAUGAAAACUUAUUGUACUCUCAUGUAACGCUCCUUUUUACUAAAGCUAAACUGUCAUAAGUCAAACUGUUUUUGUUUUACUGUUUUUAACACUUUAUUGCACACAUGGCAGUAAAUUCAAAUUUUUUGCGAAUUUUGGGCCACCUUUAUUAAAGAUUGUUUAGAUAACAGUCUUUUGAAAACUUAUAUAAUACGUCAUAAAGUACACUCAACCAAAAAGUUACGUAAUAUUAAUAAAAAUAUUAAUUCAGACAACAAAAGCAAUACUUAAAAUUUGUCCAAUUCUUGGUUUUAUUGGAACAACAAAGCAAUGUUCAUCAGUUCAUUAUUUUCGUUAGUUGAUCCAAUGUAUUACGUUUAUUGAAUGGAAGAACAUACAUUUAUUAAUAUUACGAACACUGUUCACUGAGCCAACUAACACUAUUCAUUGAAACAACAACGUCAUUAAUUGACCGACGAAGACUAUUCGUUGUGUCAAUAACAGUUUUAUUUCUCCUAACGUAUUUCGUUUAUCUCUACAAUUAUUUCCGUUUAUUCUUACAAUUAAUUCCGUUCAUUCCCACAAUAAAUACGGUUAUUCUUACAAGCAAUUCUAUUCAUCCUUACAAUCAGUUUCGUUCAUUCUUACUAUGAACGUAUUUUAUGUUAAUAAUUACUGAAUGCAUUAGCUCAAUGUAUGAUAUUAAUUGAUUAAUAAUAAUUUUGCAAAUCCCCUUUUUUGUCCUAAAUCUAAUGGACUUUACACUGAGUGAUUUCUCAUAUGAUUUCACUUAUACAGUGAGCUGGAAAAAGUGGUGUCCCCUUAACUUAUUUAUUUUUAGCACAUAAGCAAAACGCUCGGACAGGUCGAUUUUUAAAAUAAUCAAAGUAUAUUAUAACAUCCAUGUUUCUAACUUUACGCGAUCCCUCUUCAGGUGACAGCCACAACUUUGGUUUUUUUUAAACGAGAAAGUACAUCAUGUGACAGCUCAUUUAAAAACGUUUGAAAUAGUGAUUCCAAAAAUGUAUAACACUUUAAUCAUUUUGGAGAAAACAGGUGCAAGAUUUCGAUCGAAUUAUUUUUAAACACAUUUUUUUUUGGAAUCCUUGAAAACUAAUAAGUAUUUUUGAAAAAUUUAAACGCAGAAUAAAAGAUUAAUUAUUACCAAGGGCUGAAAGUCCGUUAGAAUAAACUGAAAUUGAAUCGUUUAUUUCAGAAAAGGGUCAAGUCACAAGUAUUUACUUUUGAGAAAAUCAAGUUUACACACUGUUUAGAUUCAACAAACAAUCACUUUAUAUAAAAUAAAAAUUCUACCUAACAACCUGGAGUAUUUAUCAAAAAGUGUUGUAUUUUUAAAAAUGUAUCUUGUUAAUUUGUUUAAGAAAAAAAAAUUUUUGCACUUAUUUUGUCACGAUUUGUCACUUGACCCCUUUCUGAAAUAAACGAUUCAAUUAUAGAAUUUAUAAUAAUAAUUUAUAUUUAAACAUAUUUGAAAUUAUAAAUUAUACUAAAUUUUCUCUUUUUCACCACUGCACUGUGACUUAUUAAAAUAAUCAUUAUAGAACUUCUCAGGGACUUCAGACCCUCGAUAAUAGUGUAAUAUUUUAUUCUGCGUUUGAAUUUUUCAAAAAUACUAAUUAGUUUUCUCAGGAUUCGAAAAAAAUGAAUACGAUAUUAGACACACAAAAACAUACUUCCAAUACGGACUAGAAUUGGAAACGAAAUGAAAUUAUUCGACACUUCAGCAGAGGUAACAGCAUUGUUUAACAAAUAACGAUAAGGAAAAGCCGUUACAUUUCAAAUGGUCAAGCAAAACAUUUAUUGUUUCAACAACUUCGUUGAUUGUUACCAUGAACGAAUUGACUGUGGUUAUUAAACGCAGUAGUAGAUUGAUUAAUGCAUUCGUUGUCACAACAAUCAGUUUACAUCUAUAGAAUAAUCAAAUAUUACUCUAUAUUAACAACAUUUGUACAUUGUUUUAAUGAAAUCUGUACGUUGUCUCGAUAAACCAAGGUAAUUGCUUAUAAUCUACGAAAUCAAGAAAGUGCUUUGCUGCCAGAAUUACCAUUAUUUAUUAAAUAUAUGAAACUAACUUAUUGUCUGAAUAAAUUGAGUGUUAUUGAUUAAUGUACUCUAGUUAUUUUCACAAUUAUUAUUCAAUCAUUGUGACAAUAUAAAAAUAUAUUGAUCAAUGCCUAAAAGUUGGUUGAAACAAAAAAUUAAAUUGUUACAAUGAAAUACUAUUCAAUAAUCACUGUUAAUCAAUAUUACGAACUAAAUUUUUUUGAGUGUACUUAAUUUACUAUUUUAAUUAGGAAUAAGCCACAAUUUUACUUAGAAAUAAAGUUUAUUUGACGUUGUGAUUUGAAUACCUAUAAUCAACUAUUGUUAUGACUUGCGGUACUUGAGUGUUCUACAACUAAACCAACAUUUUGUAAAUAUUCAAUGUGCAAAUACAAACUCGGAUCAAAAGACAUUCGACUUGCAAUAACCCCGAAAUGACAUUGAUUAGUGCCAACUGAAACGUGCCAAACUUUCCUUGUUAUAGUGCCAAUUUUCAAAGAAAAAAAUGUCCUGUUGUUACUAGUUUUGAAAGUGUACAUAGUCAUUAUUUAUUUCGUUCUUACAAAAUUAUAUAUUUAUUUUCUUGUACAUAUUUAGGUGUCAAAGUUUUUGUUUGUUUUUGUAAUUACUAUCGAAAAUGAAAAAUGCUUGAGGUUGUGUUACAUAUUAAACUAAAAAUGAUACAAUAAAAACUGUUAUAUAUGAACCUUAAUCAAAUUUUCGGCUCAAAUCAAAUCAAACCCAACGUUGGGCGCCAAUUUGUAACAAUAUAACAACCAAUCUAUAACAAUGGAGUUACUGCUUAUAUUAUUGUUAUGUUACCAAAGUAAGAAAACUUCAAUAAUUAGGAUAUAUAACUUGUGGUGAAAAAUAUAACAUCCUACAGUUGAUAUUGUAGGGCAAGAUUCAAGGUAAACUGAGCAUACAACGAAGAAGAAUGUCCUGAUUGAGGAAUUUCAGAGAAUGGUUCCGACUGAAUUCAAUACAAUUGUUACAUGCAGCGACUUCCAAAGAUAAGGAUAACAAUGAUGAUUGCCAACCUCCGUGGCGGAGAAGGCACAUGAAGAAGAAAAAGUCUUUUGAACUAUAGUUGCAUUCAUUAAUGUUUCUAUACAAUCUAGCUCCCUUAAAAUAAUAUUACAGCACUUUUAGCAUGUUCACUAAGUCGCACUAGGCUGUACUUUUACACUUCGUCAACUUGGCGUGUUCUCUUAUCUGGAAACUUUCUCCUAGAUCUGCGUUGUCCAGGAGUUGUAUUGCCUAGACAUUCACAUAAUAAAGCAGGCGUUGUACAUGUCUGAAUAAUCAGAUUGUCACCCUCUUGUGUAUCAUGGACAAUAACAACUGUUCUUCAGUACAUUGUUCUAAAACCUCUGGACUAUGAAACCUCUAGAGCUGCGCGCCAUGAGAUAAACUGGUCUAAAUAUUUGUUUCUGUAUCAAUAGUUUAUUAUCGAUGGAUAUAGUUCGGAAUUUACCAUAGAUAUAACUUCCUUCCAUGGUCUAUUGUCUCCAUGGAGACCAUGGACAUACAAACGAAAGAGAGGGAGACCACAGAUGGGAUGGGUAGAUGACCUGAAACACCAAGCCGGCUCAAAAUGGAUGCACAUGGCUCAGGAUAGAGAAAUAUGGAGGAGCGAAGGGGGGGCCUAUGUCCAUUAUUGGAUGUCGCAAGGCUGAUAGAUAGAUAGAUAAAUUCCUUAAACUAAUAAUGGAAGGAAAAAAUAAAAGAAAAGCGUGGUUCUGACUUACAGCAAAUGACCUGGCUGCGUAAGAUCAAGGAUUGGACAGGAUUAGACCUCUAAACCCCAGGUUACCUAGUGCGUGGGGCUCUAAGAACAUAUUAGCACAAACAAUUAUUAGGUAACUAUUGGACACUUACAGAACGACCAAUAACUGCUUAAAGGUUUCGAACCAAAAAUUCUAAGAAAAAUAUAUGAAGGAAUAAAAGAGCAGGGUUUGUGGCACAGGCGUUAGAAUUUUGAGUUCUACAGAAGUUUUGGAGAAAAUGACGUAAAAUUUAUUAAGGUAUCACGCCUUAAAUGGAUAGAGCAUGUAAUCAAGUGAGGGGAAGGUGUAACAUUCAGGAAAGUUUUUGACCGAAGAGGGCCGAGGAAACAAAGAACCAGAGGAAAACUGAGACUGAGGUACUUAUCAAGAUAACUUAUUGGACGAUUUAAAAUCUAUUGGAAUUAGAACAUGGAAAAGAGUUCCCAGAGACAGGAAUGAAUGGACGAUCUGUUUUGAAGAAAGCUUUGACUCUAAACGAGCUGAUGUGAUGAUAAAUGAUGAUAACCAAAAUCAGGAAAGGUCAAAAACCUAUUGCAAAGGUCUGUCAAAGUAGGAUUAACAACAUAACAAAAGGUAAUUUGAAGAAAGCUUUGACUCUAAACGAGCUGAUGUGAUGAUAAAUGAUGAUAACCAAAAUCAGGAAAGGUUAAAAACCUAUUGCAAGGGUCUGUCAAAGUAGGAUUAAUAACAUAACAAAAGGUAAUUACUAUGUAUCAUAAAAAUUAGUUAAUUUUGUCUACAAAAGUCAUAUUUAACAGUUUUUUAUUACUAUACUUGUUUUAAAACAUACCUGAGAAAAUAAAAAACACAAAAUCAAGCAUUUUUUUGUAGUGCAGUGUAAAUGUAAAAUAUUUUCAUAAAUAUUUUUGAUUUGAAUCGUGAUUAAAUGGGAGUAGAUUUGUAAACAUUAAAAGAUGUACCUUAAAAUAUCACUCGAGUUUUCUUACAAAGAAAAAUACGUUAAAAUGAAUAUAAACGGUUUCGUUUUGAUUAAAAUCGGGUCUCUUGCCAUCCUCGACACGUGUUUCUAUAUUUACCCGUUAUCAAGGAGGCUUUGCCAGUUUUGCAAGGAGGUUUUAAAAAACACAUUAAUUUUGUUACAUUAAUUUCGCAGCAAAAAUCAGUUCACGUAAAAAAGUUUUACUUUGCAAUAUGUAUUUUUAUAAUAAAAUGAAAUUUAGUUUUAUAAAUUUUCAUCCCAUUUAUCAAAUCAUCGUAAUACUAAUACAAGAACUUUUAUUUCUGUGAUGUUUGUAUAUAUUUUUUACUAUUUUAACAUAUCUGCGGAUAACAAAACUUCAAUAAACUAUUUAAGAUGUGUGAAAUGAUCGAAGGAUAAAGGACACAGCUAAAAUCGAAAAUAUAUCAUAUAAUAAAAUACAAUGCGUAAGUAAAUAAAUGUGACAAAGGGGGUGAUAAAAAAAUAAUGACAGUUUGAUAUAUAAAACGUAUGUCCCCAAAUGCUUUGUUUCUGAGAAACGAAGUGUUGAUUUAAAAAAAAAUGGUACUCCACUGAGAUAUUUCAAAUAAAACAUCAUUUUACAAAACAUCGUUCAAUUUGUGACAAAAAAAUUUCUUGCCUAUUUCUUGUAUAGUCUAUCUGCCUAUUUUUUAUCUUUUUCUUCAUGUGCCUUGUCCGUUGCGGACAUUGGCUAUCAUCAUAGCAAUUUUAAUUCUGUUUGCGGCGUUUCUGAAUAACUCGAUUGAUGUUAGUCCAAACCAUUGCCGUAAGUUUUGAGGCCAUGAAUGUCUUCUUCUUCCGGGUCCGCGUUUGCUUUCUAUUUUACCCUGUAUUAUCAGUUGGAUUAUAUGAUAUUUAUCAUGUCUCAUAAUAUAACCAAAGUAUUCAAGUUUCCGUUUCCUAAUUGUGAAUAUUAUUUUUUAUAUAGAGUGUCAAUCAGAAAAGGUACCAUCUCUAUAAUUUGGCAUCUAUAGAAAAUCUAAAAUAUGCAGAAACACGUCAAUUUAUUUUUGAGGGGGACAUUUUGUAGAUCAGUUUUCAACUAAAUUGCAACCCUCUAAAUGAUGACACAACCCCCAGAAUCUUUAAUGGAAAGAGGGAAGAGUGAAACCUUAUUGUAAAGGUCGUUCAAUUACCCUUUCAAAAAUAUCACAUAUAGUAUUUUUUACAAAAGCGAUAUUACGUAGGUCAAAAUUUUUGACGUAAGAGAACUGUCAAAACAUUAGAAUGUGACUUUUCAUUAUUGCCAUGUUUAUUAGUAAUAUCGCUUUUGUAGUAAAAAUACUAUACGUAAUAUUUCAUUUUAGUACUUUUGGAAAAAUCUUGAACUCAAUACUCCAAAAAAUUUUGGAGUUCUGAACUCGAUACUUAGUAUCUUUACGGUUUUACUUGAGAUUUCCAAAAGUACUGAAAAGAAAAAAUAUAUUGUAUGUGGUAUUUUUAAAAAGGUAGUUAACCGACCUUUAAAAUGAGGUAUCUCACUCACCCCCCUUUCCAUUAAAUAUUUUGGGGAUUUUUUCUAUUAAAGAUUUGUCCGCCACCGCUAGAGGAUUGAUGCAAUUUGGUUGAAAAUGGGUGUAAAAAAUGUCCCCCUCCCAAAUAAAUUUAACGUGUUUUUGCAUCUUUUUAAAAUGACACACCGUAUAUGAGUCUCCAUUCUUAUAAAAAUAAAAUUAAACAUCUAACGCGUUAAUUAAAUGAAAAAAUGAAAAUCAUAUUAAUUUUAAUAAAUAUUGCGAUUAAUAUGCAUCUUAUCUAUAAUAUUUUCUUUCACUUUUCCUUUUACACUGGGGUACAAAAUUAACCGGACUCCUCAAAAAUGGGUCAUUUUUGAUGUCUCGAAUUUCCUAAACCUGUUGUCCAAUUUAGGUGAUUUUUUAAUAUGUUAUAGCCUUAUUCUUUAUCAAUAUCGCUAUAAUAAUAUUGUGUCUAAACAGGUAAAUUUUCAUUGCAUACCGGGUGUACCAAUGAAACUAUGUUUUUUUCUUAAACUUCGCAUCACCAUGUGGAAUAUUCUAGCAUUUAUAAAAUACUCAAAUUAAAACCCAACUCUCCCCUUAUAUUUUCUCAACAUUCUGUUUUUUGAUUCAUUCGCUUAAGUAGGACCAUAAAAAAGUUAGGAAAUUUAACAACUAGCCAUGUUCUUUAUCAAUACAGGGUGUUUCUAAAUAAGUGCGACAAACUUUAAGGGGUAAUUCUACAUGAAAAAAUAAUGACAGUUUGCUUUAUGUCCGCAAAUGCUUCAUUUCUGAGAUAGAGGGUGUUGAAAUUUUUCUUACAAACUGACGAUUUAUUUAUUGCUUAUAAACCAGUUGAGAUAUGCAAAUGAAAUUUGGUGCGUGUUAAUACGUAGUUAUUGUACAUUUUUUGACCUACAAGUAAGAAUUUAAUAUUUACCAUUGGCGCGCAUACGGGUAAUAUAAGCCCUCAUAUUACCCGUAUGCGCGCCAAUGGUGAAUAUUAAAUUCUUAAUUGUAUGUCAAAAAAUGUGCAAUAACUACUUCUUAAAACCCACCAAAUUUCAUUUGCAUACCUCAACCGGUUUUAGAGCAAUAAAUAAAUCGUCAAUUUGUAAGACAACUUUCAACACCCCCUAUCUCGGGAACGAAGCAUUUGCAGACAUAUCGUUGAUAAAGCAAACUGUCAUUAUUUUUUCAUGUAGAAUUACCCCUUAAAGUUUGCCAAUUAUUCUUUAAAAACACGCUGUAUUAAUGAAAAACAUGGCUAGUUGUUAAAGUACCCAACUUCUUUAUUAUCCAACAUAAACGAAUGAAUCAAAAAACAAAAUAACAUGAGGCUAUAGUUGGAUUUUAAUUUUAGUAUUUUAUAAAUGCUAGAAUAUUCCACAGGGUGAUGCGAACUUUGAGAAAAAAACACAGUUUGAUUGAUACACCCGGUAUACAAUGAAAAUUUAACUGUUUAGCAACAAUACUAUUACAGCGAUAUUGCUAAAGAAUAAGGCUAUAAUAUAUUAAAAAAAUCACUGUGUCCGGUUAAUUUUGCACCUUAGUGUAUUAUUUUUUGAUACCUUUAAUACCUAUAAUAUACAAAAUAUUAUAAUUAUGUUUAUCUAAAGCUAUUAUUUCUUUCCAAAAACUUUCAUUACGUUGUGUUUCUAGUAAAACAACAAAUUAGGACGUAAAAAUUUGGGAAUAUAUUAAAGAUAAACAAUUUUAUAUCCUUGGUGUACAUUUGAAUUCUAUCCUUGAAAAUUAAUUCAUAAUAAACAAUAGUUUUUGAUUAUUUUCGAUUUAAGCUGCUUAUGUCUACAGGUCCUAAAAUAUACAUCGAUUUUUUUACUUGUAUACUUGUAUUAUUUUGAAUAUCAGAAUAUACUGAUGAUUGUGAAGUACCUAAAGUGUAGAAAUUUGCAAAAUAUGUUGAGUUUCACGUACUUAAAUCUUGUAAUUAUAGAAGAUUAAAUAUAAAAGG